AUGGCUGCUCGAGUCCUCAGCCGACUAACGCCGAAAAACACCGCUCUUUUCGUCUGCGAUUUGCAGGAGAAGUUCAGGUAUAGUAUAACAUAUCCAUCACCUUCUCAACUUUUAAUAAAAGAUGGUGCCAAACUCCUCAAUAUUCCCAUAUUUGUUACCGAGCAGUAUCCAAAAGGGCUUGGCCAUACUGUGCCUGAAUUGGGGCUCCAGGAUGUCAAGAAAUACGAGAAGACUAGGGUAUGCUAUUUUUAUACUAUCAAAUUGUAUUUCUUUCUUCUCAUUUUCUUGUUUUCGCCUAGUAAGCUUACUAAAAGGACAAUGUAUCUUGUAUUUUGAAC